CAGGAAAUGUCCUGAGUCCACAUAUUUAGACAUGUAUAUUUAAUAUAUUUUUUCUCUUUUGUUAUCAACUAAGGUUUCGAGAAUCGAUCUAUUAUGAGACUUUUUGUUUACUUAGAAUAAAAGAAGGGUACUCCGUGAAGCUCUUUGUUUCGUUCAAUUUGAUAGUCGAGAAACAAUCUUUACAACUCGAGGAUAUUUGUCUGUUACUAGUAUUCAUUGCCCUUAUAUGUUGAUACCAUGGAGUUAUUAAUGCUGAGAUAAAUAAAGAGUUCUAGAUAUUUGAACUUAAAUGAGCGUUCAAACCAACCUAAAAGAUGUUGGUUGGAUGUGUCAUGUUAUUCCAUUGAGGAAAAAUAAAGUGCAACAGUUAUCUCCCCCGAUUUCGCAAAUUCCAAGUAUUGGUUUUAUGCCUGAAGAAUCCAUCCACGACAAAAAGCAUACAAUGUAUCUCAAGUCGACUGACUCACCUUAUGUACGAUUAUCUAAAAUGGGUGGUAAGCGGGAUCUACUAUGUUUUAGAGAAAACGAAUACAAAUCUGGAGCACCCGUUCCUUAUUCUCGAUGCGAAUGGUAUUACUUGGAGGAUAAUGCUCUGGAACUCAAGCAAAAUAUCAAACCCGAAUCCACAAAAUAUGUGUUUAAAGUACCAUUCUACAUGUCAGAUAGCUCGGUAAAUCAAAUAGAGAAGAGCAAGACUACAGAAACAGUUGUUGAUCCUGUACAACCUUCUGUAGUCACCAAAGAAAGUCAAAAUGUAUUGAAAACUGCUGCCACAUAAAUUCGGUUACGCAGAUUACAGCGGAAAGCUAAGAACAUUACGAAAUCGGGAAUUAUUAUUCCUUGAACAUAUCUUGUUAACUUACGAUGAUUAUUGUAGAUUAUAUAGUAAAUUUUGGUUUAUGGUUUGAA